CCUAUCAAAUGUCAAAUCAAAAAUUUAAAAACGGUAUCAACAUGCAAAAAAUCAAAGUAAAUUUGUAAAAAUAAAAUCCAAAAACCAUGAAAUAAACCACGAUGGAAUCCAAGAGCAGAAGCGGUGCCGUAAAACGGUCCAAACGAAGAUUGCUAGCGAAAUCUGACAACUACAUAAAUUCCAACGAAACAAAGAAAAGCGUUGAUAAAUACAUUUUAAAGACACGUGGACCUUACGUUGUUCGGAAUCCAGAAAAAUUAAACACAGAUGAUAAUCUCAAUAAUGGAUCAAAACCGAAGAAUCGUGGAAGAGAGAAAAAAGAUGCUAAGCGUGGGAAAUUCUCCUCAACAGUCAUAACAACUUCUCUACUUGGAAAUCGUAAAUUCAUAACCCAAGAGAUUGUUAAAACUAAACGUAAGAAAAAUUCAAAUAUGAAAAAAGAAAGCGAUACUAAAAAUACAACAAGCGAUACAAAAAACGAUUCAAAGAAUUUUAAGGUUAAAACGAAAUCACAAUCUUCGUAUAAAAAGAAGAAUAGAGAAGAUGAUGUUAUAUACGUCUUACCUUCUAGAAAUACGAAUUAUCACAGCGUUACUAAUACAAUAUCAAUGAUAAGCAAACAAGAUAAUCCUAGUAACAUGUACAAUAAAGAUAUACAUAAUACGUGUAGUGGCAUCGACAGAAUCGCAGACGAAGUCUUAGAAGGAUGGAUAAAAAGAAAAGACAAAAUGAAAAGUUCAGAACACACAACUAUAAGUAAAGAAAAACCAAACGAAGUAUUCAAUCUCGGUAUUGAUUUUAACGAAACCAACAGUGAUACGAUACAAGAAAUAUCUUCGAGUAGCAAGACAGAAAAAACUUUUAUAAAAACACAAAAAUCGAUAAUUAAUAGAGAAAAUAAUUAUGAUAUAGAUUUAAUAGACACACCGAAUAAAUUUUACAUAACAGAAGAAGAUAAUGAAAAUCUUAAACCAAUCAGAUUUAAAAAACCAAAAAUUAUAAAACAUAACCUAAAAACGCAAUCGCUAAUGAAUUCAAAACCAAAGACUUACAAAAACAAAGACGUUAAACGUAAUAGUAAAAAAGAAUUCAUCAAUUUAAUUAAAAAGGAAUUACAAAUGUCUAGCGGAUACAAGGAACCUUAUAACAUGUUCGAAGCGUUGAAAACUUUAGCUGAACAUAGAAAUAAAAAUCACAUAUCUUUUGUUGACGGCAUCGCUUCUAAAACAAAAUGGCCGAACGUAGAUUGCGACUAUGGUAACCCCAAAUUAAUAAAUUCAUACAAGAAAUUCAUGCCAAAAAGUAAAACAAUGAGCUACGCUAAAAUAUCUCGUAAAGGAACCAAGAUAAAAACACCAUCUCCAUUAGAAGUAAAACAUUUUCAUAAGUCACCCCACCAUAGACUACAAGUAAUAACAAUUUAGUCGAACUCUAACCUCCAAACUAGAUAAUUUCAAAUAAAACAAUAUAAAAGCUAAAAAUUUUUAUUCAAUAAAAAAUGACAGCCUAUUUCAUCACAACACAAAAAAUAACAGCUUCAGUUCAAUAAAUAAUAAUGUGGGUAGUUAGAAAAAAGUUGAUUUACCUCCAGUUAAAUUCCCUAAAUGACUUAACACUGAACUUGAAAAAACUGCAUUAAUGGACUAAUAAAUGCAGUAAGGGUUAUUAAAGUAGUCCAUCUAAAUACUGGAGGUAGUUACUUUUUUCUGACUACCCACAUACCUUAUGUAAUACAGAUUCAAAAAAUUAUAUAUAUUAGAUGUCUUACAUUAUUAUAAAACUUGAUAUGCAAAGCUAA